AUCCAUGAAUACUGGAACUAUUAUCAGGUUUUCUAUUUUAACUGAAUUAUUGACAUAAAUAGAUUUCUUGACGUAAUCAUGACGUAACCUGGGACUAUAAUCUGACACACUGAGAAAACCCCUUUCUCUUGAAUCUGUUUGCUUUGUUGUACUAAACCUCUGAGUUUUGUUUUGUUUUGUUUUGUUUGUUUUUGCUGACAGUCCAAUUAUCUCAGCAGGAACUUUUUGUGACGUUGGUCUGAUGAAAUCGUAGCAGCUCCCUGUCUGCCGUCCAAAGGUUUUUAUCUCUCCUAAGUCAGGCUUGUUGUUUGCAGUCUGCGUCAGCUGCUUUGCCGAUCCACCCACACAUUUAUCUCAGUGCUAUGGGAUCUCCGUAACACACAGUAACCAUGGACAGACAGUUGGGUCGGACUCUCCUGGUGCUGCUUCUCUGCCAUAUAGGCAACGGCGCCUGUCCGUACAAAUGCCAGUGCUUCACUGAGCUUCAAGUGCUGUGUGCCGAUGAGAGGAUGUCGACUUUACCCAGGGUCUCCACACAGGUCAGGGAGGUUAUUAUAAUGACAUCCUCCUUGGCGUACCUCUUUUCCCACUCGCUGAUGGAGAGCCCACAGCUCACCAAGCUCAUCUUCCUAAACAAUGCCCUGAGAAGUAUCCACUUGAGCUCGUUUGAGCAUCUGACCGAGCUCCAGGAGCUGGAGAUCAGCGGGAAUCCCCUGCUGGAUCACCUCUACCUGGGAACCUUCUCCAAGCAGGAGAAGCUAACCAAACUGCUGCUCAACUACAACAGCCUGAAAACAAUACUUCCUGGGCUGUUUGACCCUCUGAUGCAGCUGGAGGUUCUGCAGAUGAAGAGCAACGUGUUGUCAGAUCUACCUCCGUUCCUUUUCCGGAACCUCAGCUCGCUGCGCGUUCUUGAUCUCUCCCAAAACAGAAUCCAAGAAGUCACAGGAGAGACCUUUUCUGGCCUGGCCAGUUUGGAGAUUCUGAAGUUGGGCAACAACCUCAUUGGCAACCUCACGUCUGACACGUUCCGCAACACCUCGCAGCUCACCGAGCUUCACCUAGAGUGGAACGGGAUAGCGCAGCUCGACGACAGCGUCUUCUCUGCAUUGGCAAACCUGAGUGUGCUGAACCUUCGGGGGAACCGCCUGACAGCCUUCACUGAUAAAGUCUUCGGAGGGGAGCCGACAAAUCUACAGGAGCUGAACCUCAAAGGCAACAGACUGACUGAGUUGUCUCUGGAGAGCCUGAGCUCACUGACAGAUCUCACGUUGUCGAACAACCAGCUUUCCAGCCUCACAGAAAACCUUUUCAGAAAUCUAACCUACUUGGAGAGCCUGGACCUGUCUGACAACCAGCUCACCUCUCUGCCUGAAGGGAUCUUUAAAGACCUGUUGAGCAUCGAGGCAAUCAACCUCCACAAUAACACCCUGACUGAGCUGGACUCCAAACUGUUUCAGGACCAGAUUUUACUUAAGAGGCUCUACCUCUCCGACAACCAGCUGGAGAUGCUCCGGCUGGGACUUUUCGAUCAUUUUAUCUUGCGGCCAACGGUGAGGCUUCAUGGGAACCCCUGGAGGUGCGAAUGCCAGCUGUGGUACCUUCACGACUGGCUAAUGCAGAACUUACAGCACGUGGAGCUGUCGGACCUGGUGGCCUGCGAGAGGCCGGACUCUCUGAGGAAACGAACCCUGGUUUCCAUCAGCAGGGAUCAGUUGGUCUGUCACCUGCCGGCAGACCGGAUGCCUGAGCCAAACUCCUGCAGCCUGCAAAUAUCUAACGGCACCGUGGUCGUCAGGUGCAGCGUGGAAAAGUGCUCUCCCCUGACGGUUAAAGUGCAGUUUCAAGAGGAAAAUGGUGAAUUUAGGGAGCACAUUUUGGAAAAAGAGUCUGAUAAAGCUCAAUGUAGCAAUGAGACGCUAAGAGAGAGCACCAUUGAUUAGCUUCAAGGACUUUGUCCAGAGAGCAAAUUCUUUCUUCACACCAGGGGUCGAUAAAGUUUCCUGACUUUUAGUCAGCACUGUAAGCAAAUAUCUGACCCACCGACUGUUAACCAGCAUGAAGAAAUACUGCUAGACGACAGAGUGUGGAUGCUGCUCUAUUUGUGCAAACUUCAGCUAGUUUUUUUAAUUUUUUUAUAUAAGGUCCUGCAGUGACAUAAAAGAACGAGUACUGAUAAAACAUAAAAACUCUGCCAUGCAUAUGUAUUUACUCAGAUGCCCCUAAAUAAAAUUUAGUGCAACAAAAUGUCAUCAGAAGUCAUCCAAUCACAAAAGUCCAUCUGUGUGUAAUUUAAUCGUGGAAACUUUUGCUCCAAUGAGCUAAUAUCUGAGCUACCAUUUCGCUCAGAACUUCAGCAUUUUUAAUUUUUGUUAAUUUUUUGCUAAGCUUGAAAACAUUUGCAGCGCUUAAUUUCCCAAGUUUAUUUUACGGAAAAUAAACUUGAAAUAAAAUCUAACUUAAAAUCUUUUUUUGUGAACUUCCAGGUGAAUACAUUUUGACAUCGGAAUAAAAAAUAAAACUCUU